ACCCCCACUUACACCUCCACACGUGUAAGAACCCACACGUGUAAAAAGAAGCUUCCAAAAAACCCAAACACACUUACGAGCCCUAACCACCUCGAUCAAUCACGCACUUCUCAUCUCUUUCGAUUUCACUCAAUUUCCACUCUCAAGUCAACUUCCUUGUUUCAUCAAUCAGAAUUUCGUAUGCUGGAUUUUAAGUUUUUAACUGUUUAGUCAGCGUGCAUAGUUGACUUUUGCUUACUAAAGUCAAACUGCAGACCCACAAGUUUUCAAGUUUUGAUGAUUGUGAGAUAUUGAAUAACAAUAUCGAAUAAUAAAUAUAGAAGAUGCCAGCGGUUCGGCAUUGUGCUAGAGUCGAUACGUUCGAGCUUAAAGUUCAGAUGGAAAGGCGGCUCGGGUCGCAAAAAUCUCAGAAGUACUUCAAUCUCGUUACCAGAUAUUUGAGUCUUAAAGUUGGAAAAUCAGAGUUUGAUAAGCUUUGUAUCUGUUUGAUCGGUCGAGAGAAUAUUCGGCUUCACAAUGAACUUAUCAGAGCGAUUUUAACGAAUGCAACGGUGGCCAAUACGCCUCCUCCGAAGCAAGUGAAACAUGACAGUUUGUUGAGUUUGAAAGAUCCGAACGGUGGUCUUCAGUCGAUCUGCAGAGACGCGUUCCCUCAGUCUCCCAGGAAAGGACGAACGCCGAAUCUAAGGAAGUUUAAAGACAGACCGAGUCCUCUUGGUUUGAACGAGAAGAAUCAUACGAGUGAAGAGUUAGAGACGACAAGGCGUCACAAAAGAAUCCCAAUUACCGCACCAUAUGGGAUUAAUAUACACUCGAACGAAACACGAAAAGUGUCGUGUAAUGCUGCGGGCUCUUCUUAUUACACCGAGACUUGUGAAUACGGUGGUCAGCUUCAAAGUAUAAGUUCGUUGGAGAGCAGAUUGAAGCAGAAGAGUAAACUAGAGGGCUUGGAUGUUUCGAUGGACUGUGUCAACGUAUUGAAUAACGGGCUGAAUUGUUAUUUAAAGAGGGUGUUAAAACCGACACUGGAGUUAGCUAGCGCAAGGUCUUUACAUAAGCCCGGAAAAAAGUUCACGGUAUCGUUGUUAGAUUUCCAGAUGGCAACAACAACAAACCCCAAGAUUCUUGGAGAAGAUUGGCCCGUACAACUCGAGAAGAUUAGUUUGUCUGCUUUUGAAAAGUCUGAUAGUUUUGAGAAUAAAUAAUAUGUUGGUGGAAUCUAGAAGUGAAAUUACAAAUGGGGUGUGGAGGAAGAGUAGGAAACCACAAAAAUUUUUGAUAAAAAGAUUAGGUUGUAUAUACAUCUUAAUGCUGAUUUUUGGGGACAGGACUGCUGUCCAUAGAAGUAUAAUGUUAUGAAUACUUUGUAAGAUUUCAGUCCACUUCAAAUAUUAUAUUGGUUUUCUUUAACUGUUAUCUAUAGCGUUUACUCGA